AUGAUGCAUCAUGCUGGACAUAGAUUUCAUGAAGUGUUUCAGAUGAAACAUGGUGACUAUUCUGAUAUUCCUGCAGCAAAAAUCUCAGAGUUGAUGAAAUCUAACAGUUUGGAUGUGAUUUCCUUAAUGCUUUUUGUCCAUUGUGAAUUCAUCAAUAUUCACAUUUUACACUUGUAUAAUUUCAGAAUCUUUUAUUGUCCAGAUUGCCCCUACACAGUCGCUUCUAAGCAUAGUAAAUGGGAUUCUAGACGAAAGCAUCAACAGGAUGAGUAGUGAAAUACCUCAUGUAUGCAUGCUGUUACAGAAAAGUUUCUUCUUUCUGUAAAAUUAAGAACGUGAAAUAUGUUUUUUCUAAUAUAAAACUAAUAUUCUAUUUUAAUAUAUAUAUAUAUAUAUAUAUAUAUAUAUAUAUAUAUAUAUAUAUAUAUAUAUAUAUAUAUGUUUUUAUUCCAGCGUGUUGCUUGCCUCAUGAGGAAAGUCGUUGAUGACCUAGAGGUUAGAAUUGUCAUUUCUCAGCUUAAUUCAUUUAACCAAAAUGUUCUCAAGUUCUUUAUGGCUUGUUCUUUUAAAAAGGGACAGUUGUAGAAAAACUAACAUAAGCUAAUUUAAGAGACUGCAACCAUUUAAAGGAACUCAUCUAUGUGUUAGAAGGUAAAUACUAAAUAUCAUUCAUGUUCUUUACUCAUUACAAAAAAAUAUGUCUGAUAAUAUAAUGGAAGAUGUAAAAUAUAGCUGAGAGACAAAUUGGGGAGACUGCAUUGAAUGAAAUGAGUUCAAGAUCUCAUCAAAUUUUACGAUUGGUACAUAUUUUUUUUCUUCAGCUAACUUUUAAAAACAUGAAUAAGAAUACAAUUUAGAUUAAUCUUAAUCAUUCACAUGAUAUUAAAAUGCAUAAGAAUACUUUUAAAAACAUGAAUAAGAAUACUUUAAAAAACAUGAAUAAGAAUACAAUUUCUUGUUGGAAUUCCUAAAAUGACAAAAGUCCCCCUAAGCCAUAACAAAGUUGGUCCCACUGGUCUUAUGUAGUGGUCUGUAUGGGCCAUCUAGGGUUUGUUUGAAAAGUAAUCUUUUUGUAGAAAUGACACAAUUACCCCCAAAGGGUGUAGUAUAGUAGCUUCGAGCUUGAGAAAUCAAUUUGUAUGUCUGUUUGACAAGUUUUAUGAUUUGGAUGCAGUAACGGAGGAAUUGGGCAUGUGCCUUAACAAUUAACUCGAAGCUAACACGCAUACUACAAAACUCUCUUGGAGGCAAUGCAAGAACUGCAAUACUAUGCACUGUGUGCCUUGCACAUAGUAAUGCUGAACAAUCAAGAAACACCCUUCUUUUUGGUUCUUGUGCUAAAGAUGUUAACACAAAUGCACAAGUUAAUGUAAACUUGAUUCUGGAACUCUCUGUCUACCAACAUUAGAGUUUAAUUGAGUGAUUGAAGGUGAUUUUGGUUCUUGAAACGAGACUCAAGAUAUCAUAUUUUGGCAUGGCUAGAAGCUUUGGAGGAAAUGAAACUCAAGCAAAAGUAAAAACACAGAGAGUUGUUGGCACAUAGUAUGC